AUGGCCAACGACACGGAAAGCGCCUUACCGUCCCUCGUGGUGACGCGGGUAGCAGCGGGCAUCACUACUAUUUUUAUGCUCGUUGGGCUUGUGGGCAAUCUGCUAGUCAUCGCUGCUGUUGUAAGGAAGAAGAACUUGCGAACCCGCGGGAACACGUUCAUCGUCAGUCUGAGUGUGGUCGGGCUGUUCUAUGUCGGCUGUGUCCUGAUGCCAGGGAUCGACACUCUGAUAUACCAGGAAUGGCGGACGGGGGAUUUCAUGUGUGGGUUCCACACGUAUUACACGCUAGCCUUCUCCUUGCUGUCCUUGCUACACACUAUGUGUAUCGGCCUGGACCGUUUGGUCAACGUGGUGCUCUUCACGCGCGCCAAGAAGAUCGCUUCUCGCCGGAACAUCGGUAUUGCCGUGGUGCUGUGCUGGUUGGUAACUGCCGGAGUCAUGAUGUGCUACCAUUUCUUUGUGGUGGCUGGCCGAAUGUACUACCUAGAGAAGGCUCUUAGAUGUAUCGCCAUCUACAAUGCCACUAGCUGGCGGAUCUCCGUUAUUGUCUACAGCUUCAUCUUUGUCCUACCCAGCAUUGUUAUUGUCGCUUCGUAUGUUGCCAUUCUCUCCUUCGUUAAGAAGAAGCGGAAGAGCCUUCAUGGAAAUAUGGGUACUGUUACUCGAACCAUACCAAGUAGUGUCACAAACAGGGAAGCCAUGUCCUCUGCGGCUUGUAGCAGCAACACAAGAGAUAGGGUGACUUUCGCGCCCUCUCUUCAGGAAGAGAGAGAGCAGAUGUCGCAACCAUGCGCGGGCGACCCAGAUUUGAUGACAAACCCUGAAAUUUCACCAGAGGUAGACACAGAUCAGCCUGUUAGUAGUUUUAAUGAUAAGGAGAUGAAUCGAACCAAGAAGAGCUGCAGUAACGAGAACCUAUCAACUCCUGUAACAGAUGUCUGUAGAUACAGAAUUGUCGACGCUAUUUAUCAGUCGUCGGUCACCAUCAACACUGUUGAUUUCUCACCCGAUAUUCGGGGGCCAUCUUGCAAAGGACAGAAGGGGCAAAAUAGGCAGGCGAGCAAUGAUGCGAUUUCACCAAACACAACCAGUGCAAACAUGAACGACCAGACUGCCUGUAGCUCUCGAUCCGGUCAUCACCGAACCGAGGCACGCGGUGCAAGCAAGACGCGGCAAAGUAGAGGCCGGUUGACCAGCACUCAGUCGGAUCCGAGAUCAGUCCGGUCGACUCCGAGCCAGGGUGAUCUGACGAGGCGAAAAGGGAGCAUCUGGAUAGGCCACGAGAGACUUAGCGAGGUGGCAAAAACCCUUGGCCGAGGCCGGAACCGCCCUAGGCCCUCUAUCCGCAAUGACCGCGAUCUUAACCGCAUGAUGCUGGCCGUAUUCCUGGUGGUGUGGGUCGGUUACAUCCCGUUCCCGCUCAUCCGAUAUCUAGACAUACCCGGCAUUGGUAUCAACAGUAACGUGUACAUGGUGGUGACUGUAACAUCGUACGUGGCUGGGUGCGUGAACCCCAUCAUCUAUGGGUUCAUGCACCGCCGGUUCAGGGCGGCCUUCAUCGAGAUGCUCACACUGGGCAAGUGCAAGAGUAGCAACAGGGUGGGCACUAGAGGUGGUGACGGCAGCGUCUCCGGAACGGAAGGAUCAACCGCUGUGCAACAAGCUGCCUAG